AUGCUCAAUCGGUACUUGGCAAGCUUACGCUUGGCCACUGAUUUGAUGAUUUUGCCUCAGGCCUUCCACCCCACAUCUGUCAACCUGCCUUACUCUGUGGUGGUAGCGCAGCCUCCUGUGGCGGUGGUCUGGAAUGAUCAAUCCAAGGCCGAGGUCCCCUCUAGGGCUGCCAGCGCUGCAGAUGGAGCAGCCUUGCUCAGGUUUGAUUCCAGCCAACCAUCCGCGGCACGGAGGUCGUGGUAUGCAGCGGAAAGCUCGCAAUUGCCGCCCAGGAAUCCAUCAUCAAUGGAUGGAACACAAGACAUGAAGUGA